AAAGCGAAUGUUAAAUGAUAAACUGUUAUUAUUAUUAUUUUUGUUUUUUUGAUCACCAACUAACGACAACAAAAAUGUCUCAACUUUUGAAAUUAUCAAUAUUUUCCUGUAUGCUGUUGGUGGUAGCCGCCAAUACAAAUACAAAAAGACAAUUACCAUUAUCACUUCCACAAAUAACAACAGUACCAUUACCAUUACCAAUACAAUUACCGAUUCCAACACCAGAAAUUAUACCGGUACCAACACAAUUACGUUUACCAAUACCAUCACCUGUACCAACACCUGUACAAGUACCACUUAAAAUUCCAUUAUCUAUACCACAAUUUGUUCCAACACCAGUACCAUUAAGAAUUCGAUUACCGAUACCAGUUCCAGUACCAAUACCAGUACCAGUACCUGUACCAGUUCAAUCACCAGUACCAGUUCCAGUUGGUGGUGCUACUGUUGCUGCUGCUGCUUCUCCAUUAGGAUUAGGUGGAUUAGGUUUAUUACGUAAAACCAAUGAACAUUCAAAAGUUUCAUCAUUGAAACAUUAAGAAAAAAAAUGUGAUUUU